AUGGACCAAAUAAACGGGGGGCUUUUUCCUAAGGCACUUGCACUGACGCGGUAUGCGUCAAGGGGGCUCAUACUAGGCAUUAUCUCUGCGGCAGGGGCGGAGCUUGAGAAUCAACUUGCAGGGUUUCUGACACGGAGGUACCCCAGAUCCCUAUUCCUACCAAAUGCUCAGAACUCUGUGUCUCGCUUUCUAAUGCCAGUGUGUGCUCCCUUGGCAACCGUUUCUCGCGGCCUUGAAAGGACGUCUGACCUAAACGCUACCCUGGCGCAGAGCGAAUCCAUCAAGCAGGAGCUCAAGAUGUUUAUUCUUCCGCAGAUCCGAGAGCUUCUGGCAGAGAACCCCGUCGUUUUGUUCAUGAAGGGAACCCCGGACUCACCAGAGUGCGGGUUCUCCAAGUUUGCUAGUAUGCUCUUGAAGUACAACAACAUAAGCUUUGUCGGCGUGGACGUGCUUGAUGAUCCUGCGCUGAGGCAGGGAAUUAAACUCUAUGGGAACUGGCCGACCAUACCUCAGCUGUACGUCAAAGGGGAGCUCAUUGGCGGUUCAGACAUAAUCCAACAGCUACACGAGUCGGGAGAGCUGCGGAAGGUGUGUGGCCUACCAGACUAA